AUGCGGGUUGCCGUUUACUCUGAUUACGGCACAACAACGCUAAGUGUCAAACAACUGCUGCAUUGUCUUGGCAGUCUGCUCCCCUCAUGGACUGUUUUCCCAGUCAAGAGCGAUUUUGUCAUCAAAAACCAGUUUUCUGACUGUGAUCUCUUCUGCGUGGGUGGCGGAUUCAGUCGCGGAGUUGUCAAGUCGAUGACAGAUGUCGGACUGACCAACCUACAGAACUACGUACGGUCCGGUGGAAAGUACCUGGGUAUUUGUUCCGGAGCCUACCUGGCCUCCCGUCUGACCAAGUUUGCUGUAGGAAGUCCACUGGAGGUAAUCGAUGCGGGAUAUCUGAACUUCUUCGAGGGUAACGCGUCUGUCUGCUCUCAUUUCUCUGCACGUAGGUACUGCUAG